GCCCCACGCUUGCCUUUGACAGACAGUGAGCCUCGCUAGCUGUCGUGAGCUGUAAGUCUCGAGCCAUUCAGACUAAGUAGUGAUCUCCUUCACCACGAGCCCUCGCCUUUAGGGACAGGUAGCUUCAGCAAGGCGCUCGGGACUCCCGCUAACCGGUGUUUGGCAGCCGACGAACAGGGACGCGACAAACAUGUCUAAGGACACGGAAGGCAAGAGCGAGAAAAUUAUGGACAUGGAGAGCAAGGUGUUGUGGUACCCGGACUCCAAGAGGAACACACAGAUGGACAAGUUCAGGAUACAGGUCAACGGGGACUACGGACUUAAUCUGGCCAACUACAAUGAUCUGUACCAGUGGUCGGUGGACAGCUACUCAGAGUUCUGGGGGGAGGUGUGGCGCUUCAGUGGAAUAGUCAGCUCUAAACCGUAUGAAGAGGUUGUGGAUGUAUCCAAACAGAUCUCGGAUGUUCCAGAGUGGUUUAAAGGAGCCCGGCUCAACUACGCCGAGAACCUGCUCAAACAUGCAGACCAGGACAAAGUCGCUCUCUACGCUGCCACGGAGGCAAAUGAUGAGAUUGUGAAGGUGACGUUUGGGGAGCUGAGGAGCGACGUGGCGUUGUUUGCUGCAGCCAUGAGGAAGAUGGGCGUCCAGACUGGAGACAGGGUCGUAGGCUACCUACCCAAUGGUAUCCAUGCAGUGGAGGCCAUGUUAGCAGCAGCCAGCAUCGGAGCCAUUUGGAGCUCCACGUCUGUCGACUUUGGAGUCAAUGGUGUCCUUGACAGGUUUUCUCAAAUCCAGCCCAAACUGAUCUUCUCUGUUGCUGCUGUGGUGUACAAUGGCAAAACACAUGACCACAUGGAAAAGCUCAUCAGUGUUGUCAAAGGUCUGCCUGACCUGAAGAAAGUAGUGGUGAUUCCCUAUGCUCGCUCCAAACAUGAGACCGACCUCUCCAAGAUCCCUAACAGUGUAUUUAUAGAUGAUUUCUUAGCAUCUGGGCGUGGUGAGGGUGACCAGUUUCCUCAGCUGGAGUUUGAGCAGCUUCCAUUCAGUCAUCCUCUGUUUAUUAUGUACUCUUCCGGCACCACAGGAGCUCCUAAAUGUAUGGUCCACUCUGCUGGGGGCACGCUCAUUCAACACUUGAAAGAACACAUUCUCCAUGGAAAUAUGACCAGCAGUGAUGUCAUCAUUUACUACACCACGGGUUUUAUAUGAUGGUUCACCACUAAUGCCCACGCCCAAUGUACUGUGGAACCUGACAGACCAGCUGGGCAUCACUAUCUUUGGUACCGGGGCCAAGUGGCUGUCUGUGCUGCAGGAGAGGAACCUGAAACCCGGGGAAACACACAACCUCCAGUCUCUCCACACCAUCCUGUCUACUGGAUCUCCUCUCAAACCUCAAAGCUACGACUACGUCUUCCGCUGCAUUAAGAGCAACGUGCUGCUGGGCUCCAUCUCAGGCGGCACUGACAUAGUGUCGUGUUUCAUGGGUCAAAACCCAACAGUUCCAGUGUAUCGGGGCGAGAUCCAAACAAGAAACCUCGGCAUGGCUGUGGAAGCCUGGAGCUUUGAAGGUAAGCCCGUAUGGGGAGAGAGCGGGGAGCUUGUCUGCUUGAAGCCAAUCCCCUGCCAGCCAACACACUUCUGGAACGAUGAGAACGGAAGCAAAUAUCACAAAGCGUACUUUUCCUCAUAUCCUGGGGUGUGGGCCCACGGAGACUACUGUAAAAUCAACCCAAAGACAGGAGGCAUUGUCAUGCUGGGCAGAAGUGAUGGCACAUUGAAUCCCAACGGAGUCCGAUUUGGCAGCUCAGAGAUCUACAACAUUGUGGAGGCGUUUGAGGAAGUGUCAGACAGUCUUUGUGUUCCUCAGUACAACGCAGACGGAGAAGAGCGAGUUAUUUUGUUCUUAAAGAUGGCACCUGGUAAGCCCUUCUGUCCGGAGUUGGUGGCGAAGAUUAAAGGAGCCAUUAGAAAAGCUCUGUCUGCCCGACACAUCCCUGCUCUGCUGCUGGAGACCAGAGACAUUCCUUACACUAUCAGCGGUAAGAAGGUGGAGGUGGCUGUGAAACAGGUGAUUGCUGGGCGGGAGGUGGCGCAAAGAGGAGCUUUCUCCAACCCUGAUUCGCUGGACCUCUACAAGAACAUCCCUGAACUGCAAAACUAUUAGAGAUGAGGCUUCAUGGAGCUGGAGAAGAGCACCUGAAAGAGAGAACCAACCACCUGAAAAGUUUAGUUUAGUUUUUAAAUUAACUUUGUUAAAAUUUACAGACACAGGGAGAAAUGCAGAGUGCAUUACAGGUGUAGUUUACAAAGGCACUCUAAGCUUUGUACAGGGCAUAAAAAAAGGAAAAAAAUAUGUAUGUCAAAAUAAUACAAAAAGGGUACAAAUAAUAUGUGUAUAUAAUAAGCCUAUGGUAUCAGGCAGACAAGAGACUUUAAAACAUUUAUGUGUACUGCUCCAUAGCUUUCAGUCAAGUGAUCAAGCAGCUGCUCUCAGUCUACCAUGUUGUGCAAGUAAAUGUUGAACUGGAUUCAGCUUUGGAUGUGAUAUGAUGUGCACAGCAGUGCUUGUGAAUACGCUUAUGUUCUGAAGCAAUGGAGAAGAGAAAUUUAGCAUCAAGUGUUUUUGCUUUGGCUUCACAGUCUGAUUACUAUCAGCCAGUGAAGAACCAUAUUUCUCUGUGUCAUCUGCUUUAACCCCCUGUGUUGGUACUGAGUGGGUCUCAGACUGAAAAUCCAUUGAAGUGUGCAGAUAAACACAUACAAACAUCUGGGAUUAACACCUCAGCUUCGGCUCAUACCGCCAUACCAUUGUUAUGUGGUGUGUAUUGCUUUAUUAAAUGUGUAUAUAUAAAUAUAUAUUUUUUGGAUUGUGAAAUUACGUUAACUUACUUAAUUAUGCAUUUAAAGAUAGUGACUCAAACCUGUUAACCAAAGUGAGCCUCGGGCUAGGAGGGUCGUAACAUGUCAAGAGUUGGAGUUUGAAUGAAUUAACCAGAGAUUCCAGAUAAAACAAAACUAACUGAACUUUUGUCCCAACUGUUAUUGAGUUGAAAGUUAUUGAUUUCCUGUGUGUGACAUGCUCAAAUCCUAACCCUCAUUUGACUUUGUAACCCGUAAUUCUAUUUCAUUCCACCUCCAGACGUCAAGGCAUGAAUGGAUGAAGCUCAAGUGUGAGCAAAUGUUCAUUUCACCACAAAAGCCUGUAUUUUCUAGUUCCAUAUCUAUGUUCCAUGUUUGUAAUACCUGUAAGAAAAUGUGUUGUCUUCAAAUAGCUACAGUACAGCCUGUUUUUGCUUUGUACAUGUAACAGCUAAAUGAUUUAUUCAGAACUUCCUUGUGCUGUGUGGCAAAGCCUAAAGGCUUAUUAAUGCUGUUAAAGAUGAACUGCAAUGUUUUUGGUCACUAGUAGCACUACUGAGCAACAUGGGUGUACAUUAACAAAAACUCUUAACACUUACAUUUCAUGUUGACAGAAAAAAAAAACCUGACCAGAAUGUAAAAUGUGGAGAAAUCACAGAUACUAAUGUUUAUACUAAAACAUUCUUCGGAGAACAAUUACUGAUACAGAGGUAGCAUUUUUCUUACUGGACCUUUUUGUGGUUUUUAAGGAUUGUUUUUGUUUAGCUCUUUCUUACUUGUUUCAGAUAAUUUUAAACAUGUUUAACGGUAUGAAUGUAAAUAAAUCAACUUAAAACUC